GCUCGAACUCGAUGUGUUUAAAAUAUAGGUAUUCCGAGUGACAAUCUCUUUCUUGAACCCAUCGCAUGUACAUAUGGAAAAGGUCGUGAUGAUCCGAUUGUUUCUUGAACUGCUCUGCAGAACCUAGUGUUCACGCAUCAUGAACUUGUCACGAUACGUGCGAAUUUUUUGCCGAAAUAGGGGACAUCAGCUGAUUCGCCAGAAAACUGGCAGUCGUACAAUGUCCACUACUGUUCUUGUGGAUAAUAUUGGCACAAUAUCCCUGAUUGGUCUCAAUCGCCCAGAGAAACGUAACGCCGUGGAUCCACCUACUGCAGAAAUUCUCUACAGAGCCUUCAAAGACUUCGAGCAGGACGAAAAUCGAACCGUGGCAAUUCUGUAUGGCAAAGGUGGUCAUUUCUGUGGCGGAUACGACUUGAAAGCUUUAUCCAGAGUGGACAAAGACAUUCUUCCCAGUGCCGUUGAUCCCGUGGACUCGGAUAUUGGGCCAAUGGGUCCGACGCGAAUUGCCUUCACUAAGCCUGUGAUAGCUGCAGUGUCGGGGUAUGCUGUGGCCGGGGGGAUGGAGCUGUCUAUGAUGUGUGACCUCAGGGUCCUGGAAGAGUCCGCCAAGAUGGGGAUCUUCUGUCGGAGAUUUGGUGUUCCAUUAACUGAUGGAGGCACUGUUCGUUUGCCAAGAUUGGUGGGACUUUCCCGCGCAUUAGACCUCAUUCUGACGGGAAGAGAGAUCGGAGCCAGAGAGGCGUAUGAAUUUGGUCUGGCAAACAGAGUGGUUCCGGACGGAACAUCUCUAGAUGUUGCGAUAGAGCUGGCAGAAACUCUGAGCAGGUUUCCCCAAAAAUGUAUGAAUGCCGAUCGCGCGUCUGCCUACUACGGCAUGUAUGACGCGAAGAGUAGGAUUGAUGCUCUUCAGAAUGAAUUUACUCAGGGCAACAAGCUCACUGCCGAGGAAGCCAUUCCGGGUAUGGAUGAUUUAUUGUAUAUCAUUGUACAUCACACACUCUUUAGAAACGCCUGUUUGCAUGAAAAACAACCCCAUCUAAGUAAGCUCGUAACUUUGAUUUAUACACGUAGCAAUGUUGGCGAUGGUUUGCUCGAGCUGGUAUCAAUAAACUGUCAGUAUAUAAAGUUUAUUCAUGGAGAAAUUCGUUCUAAAUAACAUAGUCAUGAUAAACAGUUGUCUUUAUAUUGUUUUAUCAGGUGCGAAAAAGUUUGCGGAAGGUCUUGGGAAGCAUGGUAACUUCGACAUUGGAGACCACAGUGGACGCAAGUCAAAACUGUAAGAUGUUAAAAAUCUAGAGAGGACCAGACUGGUUGAUUCUGAGGAUUUCACAAGGAUUCGGGUUUAUACAUAUUGGUCAUCUGUCCCCGUGUCUCAUUUGUAAAACUUGAUUUCAAAAUCUUGAAGGAGUGUACAUUAUGACAUAUAAACAGCAAUAUCAGGGGCAAACGAACAAGACAGUGGACACGUAGUAUUACGUAAACUUUUCGUGUACACACACACACACACACACACACAUAUAUAAUAUAUAUAUAUAUAUAUAUGUGUGUGUGUGUGUGACUCGAAUGGCUAUAUAUCGAAGACAUCUACAUCUGCAUUGUUAAGAUACUCAAUGGGAAAAAUACAUUUUGAAUUUUACAUUCUGAAUACUAUGUAUUGUGUUGAUGUGCCAUAUUUUAAGAUUUUCAUUUACAUGCAUUUGAUACUUUUUAUAAAAGAACCUUUGAAUUAAGUCACGAAAUAUUCUAUUGCGUGAAAUUUAAAAAAUACAAGAAAUCAACAUUUUUCAUAUUUAUUGUCGAUACAUCACACUACAAUGUAUUAUUAUACAUGAUACAGUUUGUAUAUUAUGUCCAGAAAUAAAUAUAGAAAAAUCCAUAA